AUGUUCUUGGUAACCGCGGGCGCUGUGCUACUUGUCGUAGCAAUAAUAUAUAUCGUUCUAGACACGAUCAUACAUUUCCUGAAAGUAGGUCACAUAACUGACAAAUAUGUGUUUAUUACUGGGUGUGAUUCCGGAUUUGGACACCUCGCAGCCAAACAACUUGACAAGCUCGGCUUCCACGUCUUUGCUGGCUGUUUAACUAAAGAGGGAGCCAAGUCUGUGACGGAGAGCUGUUCCAGUCGAGUGACCACAGUUGAGCUGGAUAUUAGAAGUACAGAGAGCAUACAACAAGCGGUCAAGCUGGUGGAGAGCAAGCUGCCUCCAAACACAGGAGUAUGGGCCUUAAUAAACAAUGCAGGGAUUGUAGGCCUAGCUGCCCCGGCUGAGAUGUGCAGCAGAGAGGACGUUCAGGUGGCCCUCGGUGUCAAUCUUCUAGGACCCAUAGACGUGACACGGCACUUUCUACCUCUCAUCAGGAAAUCUCAUGGUCGGAUAGUGAACACUACAAGUGUGAGUGGUCGUGUGGCCAUUAUGUCUAUCCCUUACAGCGUGUCAAAGUUUGGACUGGAGGGCUUCUCAAAUAGACUAAGACGCGAAGUCUGGCCCCAGGGUAUUAAAGUGUCUAUCGUGGAGCCCGGAGCCUUCAGGACACCGAUCAUGAACGUAGAGCAAAUUUUACGAGAUUUCCAAGAAGCAUUCGACAAGCAUAGUCCAGACAUACAAGCUGUCUAUGGAGGCUUUGAGCUCAAGAUAACAUUACUUAAAUGUUUCGAGUCACUGAAGACAAUCGCUGCAACAGAUCUGGCACCAGUUGUUGACGCUUACAUACACGCUGUUACUGCCCAGUAUCCUCAUAGAAGAUACAAGCCGGGUCGUGACGCCAUGUGGUUCUACAGUCCACUGUGUCUUCUCUCUGACAGUGCCAUAGAUAUGGUGCUGUGGCUUCUGCGGUUUCCAUGA